CGUCGAUAUUGUCGAUUUGCAUGGCAUUGUAAAGACGAGCAGAAAAAACAAAUGUGUCUCUCAAUCUCUCCCUGGAGUUGUUGUUGCUGUUGUUGUAGUCAUUUGUCAUCAUGAAUGUGAAAGACCAGUCUAAAUUACCCAUCUUUGUCGUUGAUGAUCAUAACAGGUCCUGCCUUAUAUCCAUCGGUCAAUCGGUUCCAAGCAUCUGCCAUUCUCUGGCCUCACCAUGAUCCACUUCGACGCUCAUCCCGAUCUUUUGGUUCCAAAUAACAUGAAAGCUGCUGAUAUCUUCGAUAAACAAUUUGUUUACGACUCUGUGAGCAUUGCCACAUGGAUGGUGCCACUACUCUAUGCUGGGCAUGUAUCAACUGUGGUAUGGGUGAAGCCACCCUGGGCGGAGCAGAUUGCUGAUGGUACCUACAUGUUCUGGGUAGGAGAGUGCCGCAAUUCUGGGUGCAUCAGGUUAAGUUGCAAGAUCAACUAUUUCAUCAGUGAAGCCCUCUAUGUCCCAGAAGAGGACCUUAUUAACAAAAAGAGGGUCACCUUAAUCACCAUCACACUAGAACCUUCAAGCUGGUCCUCAUCCCCGGCACCACCAGCUUCCGACACAACCACUCUUUAUUGUUCCAGAGAACCCACAGUGACAGGAACAGCAGCAGACUCUCCACAUGUGGCAGCAGUUGGACAGCCCUUUCCUGAAGACUGCCACAUUUCAGCACCGAACCUUCUCAAAGACUCCAAAACAGAACUCACACAGAAAUCUAGUGAUAAUUCGGCCACAAGCUCAAACUCCAAUCUGACAUCAGAAGAUCAGGAUUGCCAACACCACCACAAUGACAACAAUAAUCAUCAUCAAACGAUUGCAAACAUGGGCAUGAUGCCAGCCAAAAUUGAACCCGGACCUUCACCAUUGAAAAAACCAUGUUUGUCAUCUCUAAAACUAGUUGAGGAUAUGACAAAGAGCUGUCUCCCAGACCAAGUGCAUGAUGAAGCUUUGGGUUUGAGAUUAAAAUCUGUGUUUUCUUCCAUAGCAAAUCUUGGAGAAGGUUUAAUCCUGGAUAUUGACUUGGAUUUUUAUUCAACAAAAAAUCCGUUCUUGGAGAUGUUUACCGAUAAGCAAUACCAAAUGUUGAAGGAAUUGUACCAUUUCACAGAACCAGCAUCUGAUUCAGAACAGGCUGUCACAGAGUGCAUUCAGUCAAGAAGGAAACAACUGGAAGAACUGGAAGAGGUUUUUCGUAAGCUUGAUAAUGACCCUGGGGCCCAGAUUGAUAAGUCCCUCCCAAGAAGUGAUCUGCUGACCUGUCUUGUGGACAGCCUGCAUAAAAAUUCCUCAACCCCAAUUGACUUCCUUAUACUGCAUGAUGCUGGCUGCACGUGUGAUGACACUGAACUGCCCCACCAUGUAAGCUCUCUGGCACAAAUUGAACAGUUGAUCAAAUACACUGACAUUUUUAUGUCACAUUUACCAAAACCAAAGCUGGUUACAAUAGCAAGGUCAGUCUCAGACGAAUAUUGUCCACCAGAGCAAGUGGAGAAUAUCCAGGAUGCAGUUGUCAGCCUACUGGACAGUCGCUAUGCCCAGAUGCAGCUGGUGAAAAGCUAUGAGUGAGUGUCCACUUUGUAAAGGAGAAAGAACCCGGUCAAGCCUUCAGUGGACAUUGGAGCGAGAGGGACAAUGUAACAUGGUCAGAGGUCAGCUGUCAUUGAUGGGGAUUGUGUUAUGGUCAUUUUCUAGGACUGGUCACUUGUAGUGGUCUCAGACAAUUCAUUUGGUGACAAACACUGAUCACAUCUCUUUAUUGGUCACUACAAAUGCACAUGCACAUACAUUAUCAUCAUCGUUUUGGUGUCCACUUUAGGCUAGGCACGGGCGUGGCUGGACAGAUAAGGAACUUGCUUCCCGACCAAACGGUCUCAGGCUUGGGCAAGUGUCUUCUGCUAUAGCCUCAGGUCAACCAAAACUUUGUGAAUACACAGGUUUCUAUAACAUUAUGAAUUUGUGUUGCAAGAUUCCUGAUGUGAAACCAUGUGGAGAAACAGAUGUUGUAAUUUCAAGAUGGUCAUUUUUUUUUGUUUUGUCUGCCUAAUAAACACACUGACAAUAUA